AUGAUCGGCCAAGCACCUCCCGAACACACAUGUAGCCUUCAAGCACCGCCAGACACGACCAGCGGAGAAGGCGGCCCAAGAGAACAUCAGCGACUUCUACCAGAACCCCAAAACCCAAUACGAGAGGUUCGCUUUCUUUUGCACAAUGCUCCAGCAGUGAAACGCCAAGAGUCUCUGGCCAAUGUCCAGUUGGAGGCUUUGGACAUUCGCGCAGACGCUGAUUAUGAAGACGACUCCCCAGCGAUUGACCUUAGUCUUUGGUAUAGACACGCUUGCCGUCCUUAUCUGGUAAACUUCACAACUGGACAGCUUUCAUACGAAGUCGAGCGAAUUACACAGGAUGCAGAAGAGCUCAGAAACUGGAUCAAGGAAGACUUGCUGCGCACGGGACGCGCACUCUUCACACUCGAAUUUGAUGAAAGUAAACGUAUCAAAGUGCAGGAACAACAGCGCGUGGCAAAGUUUGGACUCCGAAGAAGGCUCUUUCACAUGAUCUUUAAGAAACGCGUGCGCCAACACGACACGCUUCAGGGGCAACAAUCACUUGAUGAGACGGGUUCAGUCCGAUCGGAUGAAUCCGGUUCCUCGUGGGACACAGCCAACUCGAACUCGUCCCAAACCUCCGAAUCUGCAAUGAAUGAUACUGAACAGAGCUGCGCUCAGCUUUUAAGAGAUGUUGAAGAAGCUCGUCUACAGAUUCCUAAGGACUUAGCUGUACUUGUGUUAUGGAAGCAAGAGAUCAAAGAUCUACAAAAUGCUCUUCAGAAGCUAGAGGAUUCUUUAAAAAUGCAUCAAGGCAACGCUCGACAGAUAGGUUUCAGUAAGUCUGGCUAA